GCGUAUCAUAUCGUACUGCGAUCAGGCAUGUUUCAUAAACAAAACAGAGGGUAUUUUAUAACUGCCACAACGCUUGCAAAAGAGUCUCAGCAGAAGAGAGGAACUUCUGUAGCAUUUUUAUUUUAACCUAAAUCUGUUUGCUUUGUUCGUAAGUAAACUGUAGGCUGGUGGCUGUCCAAGGUGUUCAGCAGUUGACAGUUUUAUUUGUGCUGUCAUGAUCACACAUCCUCGACAUUAUGAAGAGACUGUACUUUAUCGAGCCGAUCGUCGCGAUUUACGCGUUUGCCAGUUUUAUGGUUUAUCCUCUCGUGCAGCAGUACGUGUAUCGCAGAUUGUGGCAGGAGAUCACAAACUCAUCUUACCCACAGUCCGACGACAGUUCCCGAUGCUCCGCCAACAGCAGCAACCACACAAACCAGCAAGAGGAGGUGCAGAAAGCAGCUUCUCUGUUCUCCAUGUACAGUGAUUUGUUUUCCAUGAUCCCCAGUCUCAUAGUGACCCUCCUCCUGGUGGCCUACAGUGAUCAGCGCGGGCGAAAGAUCACCAUCAUUAUGCCCCUCAUUGGGUCUCUGAUCUACACGCUUUCAUUCCUGGCGGUCUCCUUCUUCGAGCUUAACCUCUAUCUCCUUAUUGCCGCCUCUUUUGUAAGUGCUCUCUUUGGUGGUAUUGGCACCAUGCUAGGUGGCUGCUUCUCCUACGUGGCCGAUUUAUGUGUGGACGACAAGCAGAAAACCCUUCGCAUGGCCGUGGUGGACAUGAUGAUUGGCUUGUUGGCGGGUGUGGCGUCAAUCUCCACAGGGUACUUCCUGCAUGCGUCCGGUUUUAACUGGCCUUUCUUUACGUCAGCCUUAUUUCAGCUGGUUAACUUGCUAUACGCUAUCUUCAUUCUGGAAGAAACCAGGGUGAUUGACAGGUCAGAGACUGUAGCUUGUUGCCAGGCCCUGAAGAAACUAGCAUGUAGUAUCUACAACUUGUUUGCAGGAGGAAGUAGAGGAAAGAAAUGGGUUAUUUUGCUGUUGAUUGUCAUAUUUUCCUCCUUAUCUUUUGUCAAUACCGGGGGUCUGUCCAUAAUCACACUUUACGAACUCAAUAAGCCGCUGUGCUGGAGCGAGAUCCUCAUUGGCUAUGGCUCUGCAGUCAGCACCUCCAUUUUCAUCACUAGUUUUGUCGGUCUGUAUUUGUUCUCCCUCUGUCUGCCUAACAUAGCCAUCGUCUUCAUCGGGAUGCUGUCAAUCGUUAUAAGCAUGUUGAUGACGGCUUUCGCAAAGACUACGCUUAUGAUGUUCCUCGUAAGGAUUCCUGCUAUGUUUGCCAUCAUGCCGUUCCCCGUUCUGCGUUCGAUGAUGUCAAAGGUCGUCUCAAAGUCCGAGCAGGGAGCGCUCUUUGCCUGUGUGGCUUUUAUGGAAAACCUGAGCAGUAACGUGUCCUCUGCGGUUUUUAGCAGAAUCUAUGCGGAUACUGUGGCAUGGUGUCCUGGCUUUAUCUUCCUAUUGGCUGCUGGACUCUGUCUCAUUCCCAUAAGUCUACUGGGAAUCCUUAGGUGUUUCCAUCCAUUGGAUCCUAAUGACACUCAAGCACUCUUAUCAGAAGAUGGGACUGAAGCUUCACAAGACCCACCUGUAGCUUAAAAUCACAGGGAGUUCAAAUACCUCAGUCAUUCACCUCGACUCCUCUGUGUGCUUCUUUACUUUUUUCUCAUACCGACACAGGGUGAUAAAUUACGAACUGGAUACAGCUGAGCACAUGUGGGCACUCUGUUCAAGCCAAAAGCCUAUUAUUAGCAUUUCGGUCACUGCCAUGAAAUAUGUUUUGGCUGAAAUGCAGUAUAUGCUAAUGGUGGUUUUAGGGAGGACCACAAAAGAAGGGAACAUAACUUUAUAUUUCUAAAGGGAAAUAUAUUUUAUAAUAAUAAUAUAAUAAUAAUUUCAGCAAAAACUAGAUUUGCAUUUCCUAAAGGAAAUCCAAGUAGCUUGCAAGGCUGCAACAAAAUAUGAUUAAAGUUUAAGGUAACUUUAUGUUUAAGGCUUUGGUUUUGUGUCAUCUGCAAACAAGAAUCAAUAUAUUGUUACUGUGAAAGGCUUCUAUAAAUGUUUAAAUGUAAGCACUGCAGACAAAACCAAUCACAAAUCAGUAUGCAAAUAGAUGUAAGAUAGAAGAUAAUGAGCAAUACUAUUGUACAGCGUUUACCUCAGUAAGUUGAGCGAGUUCAUCUCUGAGAUGUGUGAGUGGAGGCGGGGCUAAUUUGCAUAUUCAUUGAUCCGUGUAUAUUAAAUGAGGCACGGGUGUAGAGUUACAUUCAAGCUAUUUUAAGGCUUCCCACAGGGGAAAAAACCAUUUGAAUAUAUAAUUUUGGUGAUCAAAGAUGAGUUUUAAGGGAUAAAAUGUUUGACUACAGGAGGACUUUAAACUUAAUACAUUAAUUGUGUGUAAUGAAUUUACUACAGAAGUUUAAUACUUAGAGAUACUCAGUACAUUGCUGUCUUACAAGUACAGUAAUUAUCUAAAGUUUGGACUGAUGUGCAAUACGUUCUUGUUCUGUUUAGAGCAACAGAUUUAUACAUUUUAUAAGACAUAAAAUUUAGGAUGCAUUUUUUUUUUUUUUUGUAGUUACCUAUACUUUUCUAAGUGUGGGAGGUUUUCAUUAGUCUCAUACUGGUCUCAUAUUUGCACAGGCCUAAGUCAUGAGCAAUUCAGUCAAUAAGCUCUGUCCUGCCAUUCACCUUUUAAUCACCUGUCUGUCCUGUGUGGUGCAGUGGUUAAUUUGCUUUGUUGUGAUAAACAUUCUAUUCUCCACAAAAACAAACAAAUUUAUUGAUGUAGGUCAGUUUACUUUUUUUCAGUUUACUCAUUUUACUUUUUUUACAGUUAGAUUUUAGAGGACUGGGUAGAUCAUUCAGUAGACAGAAACUACAUUGUUCAGCACAUGCUCAAUAGGAAAACAUACAGAACUACUGAAACAAACCAGUUCACCUCAUUUAUUUACACAAACAUGCUCAAGUUUGGUUUUUAUUAUUAUGAAAUAAAAUGAUUAUAAAACAUAAA